AGGAGCAGUAAUUAUGAAAGGCCGUGACUGACCUAACACUUCAGUACAGCAGGGGGCGCUGUGCGCGGUGGAGCGGCCAACCCAGCCACAAAGAACAAGAAUCACGUUACGACGCACCCUGCCAUGAGAGAAACAAAUACACUUCUUUAGCAACUUAUUAAACCGAUUCAAGCAUGGACACUCCGAAAGACGUGCAACCCCCAAAGCAACAGCCUAUGAUCUACAUAUGUGGUGAAUGCCACACUGAAAAUGAAAUUAAGGCUCGUGAUCCAAUCAGAUGCAGAGAGUGUGGAUACAGAAUCAUGUACAAGAAGAGAACAAAGAGAUUGGUUGUGUUUGACGCUCGGUGAAGUUGACGACAACAUUGACUAGGAACAUUUUUAUUAUGUUUGUUUUGGGUGUCACAGUGUAAAUAAAUUUCAUUACAAGUCA